AUGUCACAGGUACAUCUUAUUGUUCGUAGAUUUCUUGAAACCAACACACCACGAUGCCACAUUACCAUUCCGUUAACACCCGAGCCGUCAGAAUCCCAGGUAAAUGCAGAGACUAUGCGCAGGAGCUUCAGCACAUCUGCGCGAGUCUUGAGCCAUGAGAAUCCUUUAGGUCUCCCACGCAGAUCCGAGGCGUCAACAGGACGCCCUCGUCCCAGCGCUGGUGGCCCACCACCAACCCUCCCACGCGCACAACGCGGACUACCACAGAAACGCCGGAUCCCCAAUGUCGCGCACGUCAUCGCCGUCUCGAGUGCCAAAGGCGGCGUCGGCAAGUCCACACUGGCGGUGAACCUGGCGUUGUCAUUCUCCCGACAUGGCCUGCGCACAGGACUGCUGGACACCGAUAUCUUUGGCCCGUCGGUGCCGACACUGCUAGGCCUCAGCGAUGCCGGAGAGCCGAAAGUGACAGAGCGCAACAUGCUGGUCCCAUUGACGAGCUACGGCGUCAAGAGCAUGAGUAUGGGAUAUUUACUGCCGAGCGAGGCGGCACCCGUCGCGUGGCGCGGCCUCAUGGUCAUGAAGGCGCUGCAGCAGCUGUUGCACGAGGUCGAUUGGGGGCUGCCGGCGGGGUUGGAUGUCCUGGUUCUGGACUUGCCACCCGGUACGGGUGACGUGCAAUUGACGAUCGGGCAGCAGGUGGAGCUGGACGGCGCAGUCGUCGUCUCGACGCCGCAGGACAUCGCACUGAAAGAUGCCGUCAAAGGUGUCGCGAUGUUCCGCAAGAUGGACAUCAACGUCCUCGGCAUGGUGCAGAAUAUGAGCGUCUUCGUCUGUCCGCAUUGCCAUGCCGAGACACGGAUCUUCGCACAGCCUGGUAGACAUGGACAUGAACAUGGGCAUGGCGGCUUGGUAGGGGCGGAGGCGAAAGCCAAUGAACUGGGAGUCGAGUUCCUCGGCGAUGUCCCUCUCGAUCCUAAUAUUUGCGCAGAUGCUGAUCGAGGUAUGCCCACUGUUGUUGCCGAAGAAGCCAGCGGGCAAAAGAUUAACACGCAUUAUUACGAAACUAUUGCAGCAAAGGUUGCAAAGAAGAUCGGCAUGAAUUGGACUUGA